ACAGAAAUUUGUUUAGCUUAUAUAUAAGUUACAGCAGUUAAAGUCAGAUAGCCAACCAACCUGGUUUGUAGAAACUUCUAGGACCUAGGUUCACCUUGUUAUCUGACUGUGUUGUUGGUUUGUUGAAAGAGGUCAUUGCACAGGUUUAUUUUAUAAAUCCUAAUACAGUAAAGUAAAUCAUGGAACAGUAGGAUUCAAGAAAAAAUUCACAGUAUGAACUAGUACACACACUCUUAAUAGUCUGCAAGCUUCAAACUGUACAGGUAAUCAACAGAAAAGUUGCAAUAUAAUGAAGAACAUUCAUUCACAUUCUUUUUUCCCCUGAUGAUGAAGAACAGACAUUUUAACCUGGCUAGAUUAGCAAGUAGAUGAAUUAGGUCUUCCCACAACACCAAUCAUUUCAUUAAUAAAUUGGUUCUGAUGCUGAGACUAAAGAGAAAAUUAGUAUAAAAUUAUCCUUUGCUGUGAAGGCUGCUUCUCUGUCCUAAUGAGAAAAAAAUUAGCACAAAGAUAGUGUGGUGCUGUGGUAGUUUACUUUAGUAGAUAUAAACCAAAACCCAGUUAUCCUCAAGCUUCAACUCAGAAUUGUAUUCCAACAAUUCCUGUUGUGUUGUAGUAGAGCCAGAAAUGAAUUGACUGUGUUGUUCACAAAGAUGGUGGCAUGUGAUUAAACAAAUGCACGACCAAUCCAGAAUUGUUGCAGGUGCCCUGUGGAGGUGACCUCUGUUUCCAAGUAUUUUGGGGAAGAGAGCAAAUAGCAUAUCAGAAGGGCUUGAAAUGUAGUAGUGUCCUAUGUAUUGCUGAGCAAUGGGGGAAGAGGAGGUUCAAGAAUCAUUACAUUAAUAAAACUCUAUCUAGAAGAAGGCCAAAUACAUGAAAUCACAGACAGGUUUCUGACCAUAUUAAGAUGCAAAAAUUCCAAGAAAGACAAUUAAAAAAAAAUCCCUUCAUUACAGUUCUGAACAGCCUAAAAUUAUUUCUGCCUAGUAACAGUGUCCAGUUAUAGAGAUUGUCUUAAUGUUUAUUCAUUCAGUAGUUUAUCACAGUGAUUAAUGUAAGAAAGGACAUAAAACAUAUCAUAAAAUACAAUAAACACCUACUUUACAAAUCAUCAUGAUCAUACUUUGAUGUCUAAAACGAACAUAGUGUUGUGUGCCUUUGGAUCACACAAAAUCAUGAGGAGGAUGGGGGAGAGAUUGAAUAGCAAAUCCUCUCCUUUUACUGGAAGUUAUAGUUUUUCACUUACACAUAUUGCCUCCCAAUUUAGUAAUCAUUAAAUGCUAGUCAAAUAGAGACUUCUGCAUAAAAAACUUAAGGCCAGACUGCACAUAUUUUUCAAAACUAGAAUUAAAAAAAUAUUUUACAUUACUUAGAGUGUAACUAAAAAACAAUCUUACAUUUUUAGUUUUGAAAUUCAUCAAGGGCAGACCUUAAUAUUUGAAAAUGCAAAUCUCACUUUGGUUAGAUUUGAUAAGAUCCAGAAUGCUCACUAUGAUUUUUGCAAGGCUCUGAUCAUGAAUGCGAUUGUUUUGAAAUAAAAGCAGCCCAACUUGGUUUUUAUUUUGGAGCAAAAAUCGGCGUAGAGAAAAAGGGUUGUCAUGCAAAUAUUGGCAAGGGCCUUUAGAACCUAGAUAUCCGGUUUUAUGCAUGCGUGCUGACAGAAUAUUUCAAGAAUUACUAUCCUGCGAGUUGGUAGGAGGGGCCUUCAAGCAGGUGGAGAGGUGGAUGAGGCUCGCGAGCUUAACAGAAGGACUCGGGUUUGAGAAGAAACGGGUGGAUCCUUUAAAAUCCAAGUAGGAUCCGGCAAAAUCCAGCUUUUACCCACACCCGUUAAUUGACCCCCACACAGAAUUUAGCGCAGCUGCCCUGAGCCUAUAUUAGGCGGCCACUGAAGAGGAAAAGGCGGCGGCGGCAGCAGCAGGAGGAGGCGGGGAAGAAACAGCGAGCGAGCGACAGAUAGAGCCAAGCAGCCUUCUACACCCAAAGGGCCGACUGCCCGUUUUCCUAGCGGGCGAAGGGAGCAGAAUCGGAUACAGUCACACGCCGACAAGGAAGGAGGAGGCUGAAGGCAGCCGCCAGUACAGAAGAGGAUGGAUUUCCAGCAGCUGGCUGACGUUGCGGAUAAAUGGUGCUCCAACACCCCCUUUGAGCUUAUUGCCACGGAGGAGACCGAGAGGAGGAUGGAUUUCUACGCAGACCCAGGCGUUUCUUUCUAUGUCUUGUGUCCGGAGAACGGAUGCGAAGACAAUUUUCAUGUCUGGAGUGAAAGUGAGGAUUGCUUACCUUUUCUGCAGUUGGCUCAGGACUACAUUUCUUCUUGUGGUAAAAAGACACUACAUGAAAUUCUGGAAAAAGUCUUCAAAUCAUUUAGACCUCUAUUGGGGCUUCCAGAUGUAGAUGAUGCCUUUGAAGAAUAUCAUGCAGAUGUGGAAGAAGAUGAGGCCGAAGCUGAUCCCCAGCAGAUGGGUGUCAGUCAGCAGUAAUAUUCAGAGGAAUUAAAAUAUAUAUUAUCUUACCAGGAUGGCCAAGGAGUAAAUGUGAAUGUCCUCUCUUUCAUUGUCCGAUAAUAUCUUCACUGGCCUGCAGCCUUCCCUGUCUUUCCAUGCUUCAGUUAAAUUCUAAGGGAAGAAGACAUGAAAGAACUCCACUGAGCUUUGUCAGAUUGGAAAAUGUGGACAUCCAGGGUUAUUUCAGGAUUACGGAAAGAUGUGUGAGAGAAAAGAAGCAUCCUUCAUCAGCAACAAUAAAGUAAAUUCAAUUAAAAGAAAUGCAGAAGAAAAUGUCAAGCACCCUGAGAAUAAAGUUUAAAAAAAAGUAUUUUUUUCUCAGCGGAAAAAAACUAAGAAACUACAAGGCAGAUUUGAGAGUAACAUUUUUCUUAGAAAAAUUAUGGAAAAUACUCAUUAGCUUGCAACAGAUAGAGGAACUGUCUUGGAUCUGAAAAUAUCAUUGAGAAGGCACCAGAAGAAACAGCUUAAUAAGAUUAUUGACCGGCGAGUUUUUUUUUUUCAGGUUUCCCUUUCUAUUAUGCUAUUUGACAAUGAAUAGCGGUAUUGCUGCACUUCAAAGAUCUCAGUUUUCAAAUUUGACUUAACUAUUGGUUGGUUUUGAUUGACUUUAUCUUUUAUUUAUAAUACAUGUAUUGAUCCAAGCACAAAGACAUGGAAAAAGAAAAGCACCUCUGUCACAAGAAUGAAGAACAACUCUCAACUAUUGUCCAGGCUGGUGGAGGAUUGCUGGAACUGUCCUUCAACAAAUAAGUGCAUUAAAGUUAUAAAGUGCAACAAAAGCUUUUGAAUAUUUAUGCACAAGAAGGUGCUCUUUAUAUAUCUGAAUUCUUUAUGUUUUAACAAGAUGACCUAUGAUACACAGAGUAGUUACCUCAGCAUAAUUAGAUACAUCCUUGAUUAACUAGAAUCCAAAAAUACUUUGCAUAUUCAAGUUUAUAAUUUUAAGGAAGGGAGGCAGGUUUUCAUCAUUUGUUGGCAUCUUUGUGUUUUAGGAAUUGUAGUUCAGCAACAUUUGGAGAGCUAUAGAUUCCUUUUUUAAAAGAAUACCUUUUAAGAGUAAUCCUUCAGUGUGAUUAUUAUUAUUUAGAGAUUGAAAACCUGUAAAAUAUAUUGCAAAAAAAAGAAGGAUAUUGGUUAACCUGCUUAAAAUUAGUGCUCGUUCAACAAAAUCCUGUCCAUGUUGCCUUCUCCUAAUGCCUGAGCAUAAAAUCAAAAAAUGUAGCUCAGCAUCACUAUCUUGCCAUUAAAAAGCUUACCAAAUUUUUCAUGAUGAAGUCUUUCUUUUCCUUCUACUGAAGAAUGUAGAUAUGUUAUGAAUAACAUUUUUUAAACAGAAAACUCCACACACUGUCAGUUUCUUUAAAGUGGAAUGACUAAAGAGGAAAGGCCGAGGGUGAUAGCUUAAUAAGAAAAAAACAACCCAUGACCAAGAAUAUUUCAUUGUAGUUUUAAGUGUCUGGACAAACCCAUUAUUUUGUUACAGUGUAAGUUUGAUCAGCUAUAUUAUCUUCUCUCAACCUUUUGGGAUUUGUAAUUUGAUAACAAAAUGAGGGUAUCUUCGGAGUCUUCAGAAGAUACCUCCUAAGAUACCUCAUUGGCUCUAGCCAUUUCAGAAUGUGCAUUUCCACCAUCUCACCUUUGGCUUUUUAAAUCAGUAAAGCAAGGAACCUGCAAUUAGUCUGAAUUUUUAUUGUAUAGGAAUGUGUAGAUGCUGUAAUGUUAUUGAAAAUAAAAACAGUUCAUGAGGACUUCGUCUUUAAAUUGAAAGCCUGGGAACAAUAAAAGUCACUUGAGGUAGUGACUGCCAAAUAUGUUGUCCAAGAGCCAAUGAUAGAAUAUAAUUUAAUGGUGUCUCAGCUAGUUAUUAUUAGUAGAUGAUUCAAUAAAAAUUAAAUGCUGGGAAAAUAGAUUGGUGACAUUUUUGCAUACUGUAAAGCUGCAUUUACUCUGUUAUCUUUACAUAGAGCAAGAAAAUAGUUCCAUCAGAAGUGAAGAGUUACAAUAAUGUCAUUUAAUUAGACAAUUCCAAGCUAAAUAAACCCAUAGGAAAAGACAGUAUAUUAUAUAAAUUAACGUAGAGCUGUGCAGAUUUGAAAUAAAAAUAGAUACUUCAGAUAGAACAAAGGCUGUUUUUUCCUAUCCUAAAGACUUUCAUGAGGAAAUAUUAGCAACAUUUCUUGUUAACCUCUAGGGGCCAGUGCAAUCUAGAUUUUGAUCACAUUUCAAAGUUUUGCUGUUUAACUUCCUUAGCAAUGUAAUUUUUGUUUGUAUCUUAGAAAAUUGGCACUGUCAUUGUCAAUUGCAAACCACAUGACACCUCCAAUAGAUUGUGAAAAGAAAGACUCCCCAGUCAAGGAAAAACAAUCUUGUACAAAGUCCUACCUUUGCUAAGUGAGCAGCAAUAUUUACAUGGACUAAGUGAAAAUGUGCAGUCCUUAUGAUUUAUCUUGUCUUUGUCCAAAUCCUAAUUAUUAUAAGAAUCUCUCAUUCCUGAUGCUUUCAUUUGCAUUGGAAGAAGCAGAAACUCAGUUUUGAAAAUUGAAGAUGUCUUUUAUUCAAUAGAAAAAGGAGUGAGGAUAUUAGUUAAUUUAAAUAAAGCAGGGAAAGAAAUAGCUUAGGGCAUGAAACAAAACAAACAUUAGAAAUUAAGUGCUUGCUUGAGGGGCAGUAAUUGCAUGACUGAUAUAGAAUGGGUGCAGUGAUGGCUUUUGGGGUGCAAACCAGGAAAUUCUGCACAACCUCAAGUUUGCCCCCCCCCCCACCACACUGUUUCUUCAUGAGUGAAGAUUUAAGAAUAUAGUUUAAAUUGCACCUAACAAAAAAUCUGUAGUUUUUAAUUCAUUUAUUUUGUAAUGUUUUUCAUAAUAUGUUAGUGUAGUUUACACUGUAAUCAACACUAUUUCUUUCCACUUGCAGAAAAUAUAUUCCUCUGUCCACCUGUGUUUAUCAGGCAGUCAUGGGAAUUUGACUUGUUGUCAGUCAUUAAUUGGAAUGAGACUAUUAACAGAAUGUGGCAAUUAUUUUAAAAGAAUAGCUGUAAAUAAAUUAUUUGAAGCCAUCAUAUUAUUUGCCAAAAGGCUUAAGGAGACUUUAGCCUUUUGGCAAAUAAUCCUAGAUUUUAAGAAGGUAGAAUAAGUGAGGUCAUUCACACAUUUGAGUGUCCAUUUCAUUAAACAUUAUCAUGGAAAAUAUGUAAUAGCAAGAAUAAUGUGCAAGAAUAUGAGAUCUCAUAGUAGACAUAGGGAAUCCCAAUCUGAGGAUUAAGUGAACCAGAGGAAUUAGAGAUGGUCCAGGACAAAUUUGUGACAUAAGUUCUGGUUUACCCUUAAGUACAAUAGCAGUGGUAUUGAAAUUAGAAGGGGGCCAUCCAUUGAUGUGCAUAGGGGUAGAAAAAACAAUAAUUUCAUAUAGGAGACAAAUUUUCAUACCCAACACUUAUUUGGCAAGGCAAUGCAGCCACAAAAAAUUCAACAGUAGUUGAUGAGCAGAUUUGUGUUUAAAAUUAUUCUCACAAUUUCCAGUAGGUCAACAAUUGUUGAAUAAAUUACCAUACAUUACUGAGGCAUUUAUUUAAAGAGUAUUAUUAUUUAAACAUAACUAUUUAAAGAUUUUAGAGAAGAUAAAGAGCACAUACACAAGCUUCAGUUGGCUAAUUAAUAUUGAUUUCUUAAAGAUGGAAAAGGAAUAUCGUUUAUUUACAUCUCUCACAUCCCAUCACCCUAAGACAAGCUUUCACACAACUUUGCUUUCUGACAAUACUAUCAGCCUAUUUGUUGGAAGGUAAAAAGGAUUGCCAAUUAUACAUCAUUUUAUGUAUUUGUAAUAGGUGAAAGAUUUGAUCCAUUGCAAAUUAUAUUAGGAACCAAUAGUAGAUUUAUUAUGCCUUUAUUAUGCCAUAGUAGAUUUAUUAUGCUUUUGUUAACCCAGCUUAAUCUGGCAUAGGAAAAAAAGUCUAUUUCAAGUUGACCUAUAUAAACAUGUACAAUAAAAGAAAACAAGCUGUAUUGUUUGAAAAGGCCAUAAGGAAGAUAAUGAAUGCCAAUUUUGACAGUACUAUUAAUUGUAGGGGGUAUGAAUUAAACUGAUAUAGAUUGUUGUAAUUUUAUAUGAAUUUUGCUAAAAUCUAUGGUUGCAAAUAAAUGUAGUAAAUGUAA